UUUAUUAUGAAGUAGUUUAGAUUAAUUGAACACGAGUCCUGGGGAUUUACAAUAAUGACAAAGGGGGAUUUUUGUUGACGGCUUGUCUGUAGGCAAACUGAUUGGAUAAUAUUGGUGCCGGAGAGAUUUGUCCUAUCCAGUGCUGUGACUGGGCUUGAUGGCUUUCUGCCAGGCAGACCGGCAAAUGAAAGUUGAGAACAAGAGAGGCGAUUGAAUCCUCCGGUGUUCUCCAGGAUUUGGUUUGACAGCGUUUUUGAAAGAACUGCGAGUUCACGCAACGCCACCUGAUUUGAGAGGCGUAUGUUUUCUGUCUGCACACACAUCCUGUGGUACCGCGGGCGACUUAACGCGUUCUGUGUUGACGCCCCGACAUGGACACCGGGAAAACAUUGGUGAUGCCGCGCGAUUUAGGGUAAUUGUGAAAAGUGAUAUAAUCGUAUUCAUGGUAAAUUAAUUAUGCUAACACCCACUGACUUCAUCGACAUGUUAAUGGUAAAAUAUCUCGCCGGGUUUUUGACGGGCUGACCAGGGACACUCCAGGUAGGAAAACCAACGGGAUUUGUGUAGGAUAGGUUACAGCCAUUAUGCAUUUAUCUUAUAAUCAAGGAAGCUGAUCUAGCAGCGGGCCCAGUCCACAGCCAGCUAGGCAGGAUGACAGAGGGGGUGGAGUUGGAGGCCAGACAGAACCAGUCCCACAGGACCCAGAGGACCAGACAGAACCAGACCCAGGGCGACACAGUCCUGAUGAGGAGGGGUAGUGGAGGAGAGGGGCCUAAGGGACCCGAGGUUAGGGCAGAGAGGUCCAGGGGGUCUGAGGUUAGGGCAGAGGGGUCCAGGGGUUCCAAGGUUGGAGCAGAGGGGUCCAGUGGGUCAGAGGAUGUGGUAGAGACACGGACGUCUCAGGACUGGACCGGGGUGAACCACAGUACUGUGAGGAGGAGCACAGACAGUGACUCAGAGGAGCAGGAGGAAAACGAGGAGGAGGAGGAGGAGGAGGAGGAGGAGGAUGGUUCCCUCCAACACCACCACCUUACUGGGUUACCACCCCACAAUGGCCCAACUGGAGAACCAGGGGCUGGGCUGUCUGGGAACGGGUAUGCCCAACAGGUGGCCCCGGAUGGGGGCUGGGGCUGGGUAGUCCUGGUGGCUACUAUCCUGGUCCUGGCUCUAACGCUGGCCUUCCCUUCCUGUAUUGGCAUCUUUUACACGGAGCUACAGGCUGAGUUCAGCUCCAGCAACACAGAGACGUCCUGGGUGCCUGCUAUCAUGACUGCUGUGCUGCACGCUGGUGGUGAGGAUGCUUCUGUCAUUGUACAUUGAGGCAUUGUUGCAUGAUUGAACACACACCAUCUCUCUCUCUAUCACC